AAACUUUAGAGAGUAAGAGGAAGAAGAAGAAGAAGCAAAGAAGAUCAGAGAGAGUUCAGAGCCUUCUGCCUUUGAAGCUCUCUCCUCUCUCUCUCUUUCUCUUCUCUCUCUCCUCUCUCUCUCUCUCUCCUGAAACAGUAGGUAGUUUUAAGUACUUCCCUUUAGUUUGAAAAAAGAAUCCAUUUUUAUGCUUCCAUAUCACUCCUCUUGAAGCUUUAAACCUCUCUUUCCUUCGCUCUCUCUCUCUCUCUCUCUCUCUCUCUCUCUUUUGGCUUUAAUAUCUCUCUUUUUCUAAUGUUAUCUGCACUUGGGAAGAGUCAAAGCUAUCUGGGUCAUCCUCAACUUUGACAAAAAUAACUUCAUUAGAGAAUUCAUUGAAGAUCAAGAAGAGAGUCUAACAAGUACCCAGUUGCAGAAAAAUGGAGAAAAAUUCAUCAGUGAAAAGGAAACCCACCAUGAGUAUCUCACUCUUCGCCACUUUAUCCGAGUCUUUCUCCACAACCACAGCCAAAUCCCCAAGAAAUUUCCAAGCUGGUGUGGUGGGUCUUGGCAUAGUGGCCGCCAUGACCGAUUUGAGCUGCAAUUCCCAUGGACCUGAACCAUUUGCCUCCUCUACCAAUCUCGUGGUGUCACCCAGAUCAACUACUCCUCCCAUCCCAAUAGUCUCUUCUGCAUCUAAAGCCACUGCUAAUUUCAGAGGUGGUGGCUUUCAUGAUCAAAAUCACCAUGUUGAGGAAGUGGUUGAUGAAUUGUCUGAAAGCUAUACUUGUGUGAUAUCUCACCAUGGCAACAAUUUGGUUCGAAAACGUGUUUAUUACGAUGACAAGCUUAAUGGUGUUGUUGAUAAUCCUUGUAUGGUUACUUCUGGUGUGUUCUCUGCUUCACCAGCCAAUAUUGGAGAUGUGGACAGAGAGUUUUGGACACCGGAUUUUUUGAACUCUUGCUUUCUCUGCAAGAAGAACCUUCAAGGACUGGACAUAUUCAUGUACAGAGGAGAAAAAGCAUUUUGCAGCAGUGAGUGCCGAGACAAGCACAUGAGAAGUGAAGAUUACAAAGACAAGUGCAGAGCCGAAGCAAGGAAACCAUCUCUUGACUACACUGUGUCUCCUUGCUCUGGUCCUCAAGUGUUUUUGGCUGGAGUUGCUGCAGCUUAAAAUAUAUUUUUAUUUUUAUUUAUUUUACUUAAUAAACAUUAGUUGGAGUAGUAGUAGUAAAUAAAAAGGGUACCAAAAGGGUAUCCAAAAAUAAAUAAAUUGGUUAUAUAUGAUAUGGUAUAGAGUCUAUAGACUAUACUACAAUAGUAGCCUUUAUAAAAAUUAAGAAGAGUUAUAAACAACAUUAACAUAAGUA